AUGACACUAUUGCACAAGCUCAGUACGUUUUGCAAGAUGUCACAGCCGUUGAGAACUGAGGUGCUGAAGGUGGAUGCUUUGUCAAUAGUAUUUCCUGAGAAUGCGCAUAUCGACGGUAAAUUGCCGGAGGUUAACGAUGCGCCAUCUAGAGAUGCGCUGUUGAAAGCUGCACAUAUUAUAAGAGACACUGAGGAGACUGUGGCGUUUCCUACUGAGACUGUCUACGGUUUAGGUGGUUCUUCGCUGAAUGACAACUCUGUUAGAAAUAUAUACAAAGCGAAGAACAGGCCCAGCGACAAUCCUUUGAUCACACAUGUUUCAUCCAUUGAUCAACUGAACAGGAAGAUAUAUAACGACUAUGAAGAUGGAGAUAUCCUUCGGAAUAUACCCAAAAUUUACCACCCAUUGAUCGAAAAGCUCUGGCCGGGCCCUCUGACAAUCUUACUGCCUAUACCACCAGAGAGAAAUGUAUCACUCUCCAAAUUAACGACAGGGGACCAACCCACUUUUGCUGUUAGGAUACCAGCAAACUCUAUCGCUAGGGCUUUAAUUGCCUUAGCCGAUACUCCUAUUGCAGCACCAUCUGCAAAUGCCUCUACUAGACCUUCUCCAACACUGGCAUCACAUGUCUAUCAUGAUUUGAAAGGUCGGAUACCGCUAAUUAUAGAUGGCGGAGCCUGUAACGUUGGUGUCGAAAGCACAGUUGUAGAUGGCUUGUGCUUGCCCCCAGCAUUGCUGCGUCCUGGGGGUUUCACAUACGAAGAUAUCCUGCAUCUUGGAGGAGAAAGUUGGAGGAACUGUAAGGUCGAGAAUAAGAAAACCUUAAGCGAAGGUGAGAAGGUGAGGACGCCAGGUAUGAAGUACAAGCACUAUGCCCCAAGUGCUAAAGUCAUUGUUCUUCUACCGAAUGACAGCGACACUCAAAUGCAAUUGAUUGACAAAAUGAAGGUGUUCUUGUCCAGUCAUCAACCUGACAUAAUUGAUAAAAAAGUCGCUAUAAUGACCACUUUGAAACUAACUCCUAUCUUGAACGAGAUCAGCUUAUUUGCUUCUAGUAACUACAAAGGAACCAAAACCGAGUUCUUAGUAUCUGAAUUGGGUGCUUCUGGGGAAGCUAUCCAAGCCAACCUCUUUGCUGCACUAAGGAAAGCAGAUGAAACUGAUAAUGUAGAUACUAUUAUUGUUGAAGGCAUAUCGGAAACCAGUGAAGGUCUAGCCGUCAUGAAUCGUUUACGUAAAGCAUCAGGAGGGAAUAUUGUUACGAUAUAA